AAAAGUGAUAACUUUUUUCUACCCGCUAGCAAAUAAUUUCGAAAGUGAAAAUAUCAAUCUAAAAAUCUCUAUUGAAAAUGGCCAAAAUACAUUUCGACUAGAAUCACACAAAAUUUGAAAUGUGGUAAAAGACGCGUAACAACGCAAAUCGUCUUUUCAUUUUCUACACAUAGAUUUAUAUAAAAUACAUUUAAAACAAAAUACACGAUUCAGAAUCAAAAUAGUUUAAAGAAAAAAAACAUACACAAAUAAAACAGAAAAAUAUGGAUAUUCAAGAAGUUACACUCGACGAUGACUAUGAUGAUGGAUCUGAAGACGGAGAAAAUGAAUUUGAUUUUUUAAGUUCAACAGCUAUUCAACCGAUUUCACGAACAGAAUCAUCGUCCCCAUUUUUAGGUGAAGAAUCGUCGAUUUCACCAAAUUCACAAAACGUUUUUUAUUCCAGUGGCAUUUCAAGUCACAAUAUAAACGAUAAUUCAAACAGUAACGGUCAAUUAAACACAGCAAAACCAACAACAAACGGAGGAAGAAAAAGGGGACCAGGUAGGCCGCGCAAAGAUUUUCCAUUGCACGUACCAACAGCGAAAGCACCACGACGGGGUGGUGGCGCCGGCAAUCGUAUCGUAAAACGUGCAUGCGAUGAAAUCAGCAGCCGCGUACCCAAACCCAUGCGACGCAAUCACACAGCUGGAGGAUCGAAAGCAACAGCGAAUACAAACGCAACUACAGCAUCAGUAACGACUCAGGAAAAUAAUAGUUUUAUGUCUAAUGUAAUGUUACUGUCACCAUUCAACGAUGACGGUAGUAAUAGUUUAACGUCGACGCCAAGUGUAGCAAUGGAAACAGAUCAAUCGGUUUAUGAUCUGCAAAGAGACAUGCAGCAACGACCAGCUGCUCCAGUCGUUGCUGCAAGCACAACGGCAACCUCAAAUAGUGGAGGUGGAGGUGGAGUAGUAGAAAAAGUGAUGCAACCACCGGAAGAAUUGCCGUAUUUUCCAGAAAAGUGGCCGGGUAAAGUGUGUGCAUUAUGCUGUUUAGGCGAACGUAGUCAAAUGGGACAAGGUGAAAUGUUACGAAUCGAAGUAACACAAAGUGAACCAAAAUUAGCAACACCAUCAACACCAAUUCAUGAUUCGUCACAAAUAAAUCAAGAGGAAGAGAGAAAUCCACGCAGUGCGUCAAACGCUCAAACCCAACUAAGUAAUCGACGUCAAAAGGGUCUUAAUAAAUGCAAAAAUCCCGUACUGACAACGGAAUAUGUUGAUGAGCUAGAAAAAAUUGGUUAUCCGGAGAUUGUUGAAUUUUCGAGCUUAAUUGAAGGUGGCUACUAUUACAUUCAUCGCACAUGUGCUUUAUGGUCAAUGGGAAUAACCAGGGAUCUAACGACCGGCGUUUUUGAAAAUGUUGAUGACGUUGUGUCACAAAGUUUGACACGCAAGUGUUCAUUUUGUAAUCGAUACGGUGCGCAUAUGGCAUGUAAAAUGUCUUGUCCGAAAUAUUUUCAUUUACCGUGUGUUGCCGCAUCGGGUGGUUUUCAAAUCAUACAAAAUUUCACGGCAUUUUGUAAAGAACAUUUAGGUCAAGUGCCAUUAGUAUAUAAUGAUAUAGAAGAUAUAAAUUGUCGUGUGUGCAGCGGUUUGGGCGAUGUAUCAAAUUUGAUGAUAUGCUCGAUAUGUGGCGAUCAUUAUCAUGGACCAUGCAUUGGUGUUGCACAAUUGCCAGGAGUUCGAGCUGGUUGGCAAUGUAAAUCGUGUCGUAGAUGUCAAAUAUGUCGUGUACCUGAUGCUAAACAAGCCGAUGGACGUUCACUGUGCUGUGAACAAUGUGAUAAAAUGUAUCACGCCAAUUGUUUACGACCAGUUAUGACUUCAAUACCAAAAUAUGGAUGGAAGUGCCGAUGCUGUAGAGUUUGUUCCGAUUGUGGGUCACGAACGCCAGGCGCUGGAACUUCAUCACGAUGGCAUGCACAUUAUACCGUGUGUGAUUCGUGCUAUCAGCAAAGAAACAAAGGAUUUCAAUGUCCAAUUUGUCAAAGAGCUUAUCGAGCGGCUGCUUAUCGAGAAAUGGUAAAAUGCAGCAAGUGCAAUAAAUUUGUUCAUAGUGAUUGCGAUCCGGAAGCAAGUCUAACAACAUAUCAUGCAAAAAAGGAGGCCGAUUCUGAUUAUGAAUACAUGUGUCCAACGUGUAAAGCAAAAGUUCAAAAUGGUCUGAAAAUGAAUGCGAUUCAACGACGAAACAAUAAUAUUGACGAUGAUAAUAUGUCAGCGUCACAAGAGAGUCUGGGCGAUGGUGAUCAUUCAGAUAACGUAUCGAUGGCAUCUAUCUCAGCAUCCGAGUCAUCUGAAAAAUUGUCGUCUGAUUUUGGUUUGGGCAAAGGUAAACCAUUGUCGGCCAAUAAAAUGAUUGCGAAAAAACGUUUACCGGGCGUUGUUGGUCGGCCGAAAGGUGGUGGGAAAUUUUCAUUUCAAAAGAAACAGCGUACGGCUGAAUUUGGACGAAAACGUGGCCCAAAGGCAAAAAUGCGUGGUGUAUUUGGUGUACCUGGUUUAGGAUUACAACGUCCAACAUCCGAUUCAAAUAAUAAAGCCGACGAAGAGCCGGGCGUUGAAAAUCGUUUGGUUUUGUGUUCGGCUAAAGAUAAAUUUGUGCUGACACAAGAUAUAUGUGUAAUGUGCGGCGCCAUUGGAACCGAUCAAGAGGGUUGCUUAAUAUCGUGCCUACAAUGCGGUCAAUGCUAUCAUCCGUAUUGUGUAACAGUUAAAGUAACCAAAGUCAUAUUGCAACGUGGAUGGCGAUGCUUAGAUUGUACGGUUUGUGAAGGCUGUGGCUCAAAAAAUGACGAAUCAAGGCUCAUUUUAUGCGAUGAUUGUGAUAUAUCGUAUCACAUUUAUUGCACCGAUCCACCGCUCGAAAUUGUGCCGGACGGCACAUGGAAAUGUAAAUGGUGUGCAAUGUGUCAGAAAUGCGGUUCAAAUACACCCGGAUUAAAUUGUACGUGGCAAAAUAGUUUCACUGAAUGUGGUCCAUGUGCUAGUCAAAGUCAAUGUGCCUUUUGUUCAUACGCCUAUAACGAUGGAGAGCUUUUGAUUCAGUGUACAUACUGUGAACGAUGGCUGCACGCAAACUGCGAUGAAAUAAAAAACGAAGAAGAUGCCGAACGUUGUAUUGAAGAAGGUUAUAAAUGCCGACUAUGCCGUCCAAAGGAUGCACUUCCACCACAUUUGAUACCUGUUAAAAAACCAUUGCCAAUCAAUACAAAUACCAAAGCGAUUACCACUCCCACAACACCAAAAUCAAUUGAUGAUGGUCUGGGUGAUUCCGCACCGCCAACAACAUACGAUGGCUUUCACAUGGUUGACGGUGUUUCACUCAGUGAUAUCGGUGCACAACAAAUAAAAUCACUGCAAAUGGAAUUGGUGCGAAAGAAGCGAAAAACAAAAAUAUUGCCUAUCGAAGCGCCACCUGUUAAGGCUCAAGAGGCUGGUAUUAUGGCAGCCAUUGAAUCAGUAGUGGCUGGCGGUAGUUUAGAGAAUUCACUUGAAGAUAUUAAACUUGAACCGCUUGAUCCACGUGAAGAGGCCGAAAUUUAUAAGGAUGGUAUGAUAUGGGAUAAAGAUUCAAGGCCACCAGAAGGAUUUACCAUUGGCACAAAUGAACAGGGUGUAUCGGUGUUGCGGAAGAAACGCCAACGAAACUUACAAAAAUUAGGCAUUGGCGGAUUUGUAGUGCGAAAUCGUACCGUUCGCAAAGAUGGCACAAACAAAGAUGAAGACGAAACGCCAGACGGUUCAUUGCAUUUUAGCACCACAAUGGCCGAAGAUAAAAAGAAACAAAAUCGAAAAAAGAUUAAAACAAAAUUGGUCGACACAUAUCCAAGUUACUUACAAGAGGCCUUCUUCGGUAAAACUCUAAUGACCGUACCGAAACCGAUGAAAUUCGAAUCAAACAGCAGCAGUGAAGAUGAAAUGACCAAGAGCAAUGUCACCGAAGACAAAACCAUUCAAUUGUCGACAGAGGAAAUUAAUAUUUUGAAUGCGCAACGUAUGAAACAACAAAAAUUGAUGGAAGAAAAGAACAAACAGAAUAUAAUGCUCGCAAACACAGUCACCACACCGCCAAUCGGCCAAAUAAAAUCGCCGAUUAUUUCAAAUGUUUCAUUAAAUUCAAUUCGAAUGAGUGGCAUUAAAACGGAUCCAUCAACGGUGGUACAACAAGACACCGAAAUGACCGAUGUCUCGAAUUUACCAGUGAUCACUUCGAAUGAUGCAAUUCGGAAGAAUGAAUUAAACGACAUGGGUCUUGAUAGUCUUGACUUCAAAAUGGAUACGAGCGCCAUUUUGCCUGAUGAGAUGCAACAACAGCAACAUCAACAGCAGCAGCAACAUCAACAAAAAGUUCAACGGACAAUCGUUCCAAAUACUCAAUUGGCACCACAAAUUACCAAAUUGCCACCAAAUAUUCAAGCAAACGUUGUUAAACAACAACAACAACAACAACAGCAGCAGCAGCAACCGCAACAACAACUUCCAAUUCAUGCGAAUACUGUGCAAACAAUGGUCGUCAAUUCCAUUCCGAAGAAGAUACCUGAACCACAAAAUCAACAACAAAUGAAUAUGCAAACGGUGACCGUGUCGCAGCAGCAACAACAAACGGUCAUUCCAACGCAAACAACCAUUGAAAAAUCCAUUCAACCACCACCAAUUCAGAUGCAAUUAAACCAAAGAGCCUUAACCAAUCAGCCCCAACUAAACCAAACAAUGCAAUCACUAUCUCAAAUCGAGCCAAUGCAACAGUCUCCAGCUGACAAUAAUAUUACACAAAAAAUUGGACCAAUGCCGGUUGAUCAGCAACGUGCACAAUUGGCAUCUGCGCAAGGAAUCCAAUUGAACCAAAUACAGACCCCAAUACAACAGAUUGACAUCAAAACCGAACAUCAAACGCAACAAAAACAGACAAUACAAGUGGUGCGACCACAAAAUGUGAAUCAGCCAUUCAUUGCUCAAAGUCUUCCUCCCAACAAUGUCAAUAUCAACACAAGCAUGAACAAUAAUACCAAUAUGAAUGCAAAUAUUGUUAAUACAAAUAUGGACCAAAUGACAAGCGGUGCUGUCGGUGUCGAUGAUGGCCUAUCGAAUGCAGCACCUGCAACACAAUCUACCAGCUAUAAUCAGAAAACAUUCGACCGAAUGCGACAAGAUGAAGUACUCGAAGGUUUGGCAACCAUAUCAGCCGUUUUGUAUGCGAAUACAAAUCAUCCUGAACUGAAAGUCGAUUAUCCUCAAUGGAAUGACCGUUACAAGCAAAUCUUGAAGAAAUGGCGUGCACUGUCAACCGAAAGAAAAGCGCCAUUCUUGCAAAAAGCACGAGAGAAUCGUUCUUGCUUGAAGAAGGCUCAAGCGGCUCCGCAAACAUCACCCAGCAGCAAUGAUGCUAUUAGGCCGCAAUCGCAACCACAACCACAACCAAUGCAACCAUCUGAAAUUCCUGUCACUCAAAAUAAAAUCCUUUCGAUAACCACAACUGAAAUCCCUGGCAAUAAGAUAAUAUCGGUUACAACAUCGACAACGCAGCAACUACCAAUGCAGCCACACCCAACACAGCAACAGCCGCAACGAAAUACUAGCAUAUUGGAUGAACUAACUGAAUCAAAUGUACUUAGUGCAUCCAACACAAUUCUAAAUCCCAUUUCCCAAACUGACACAAUACACUCACAAAAUUCCUCCACUCAUUCCAAUCACAUUGACAUUGAACAUAACUACAAAGAAUCGUACAAUCAUUUAAACGAUUCGAAAUCAAUUGGCGUUGGUGGUCAAACGGUGUCGUCGUCAUCGUCGGCCCCAGCUGGCGUUGGCGCCGUCGUCGCCACCGCUGUCACAACGGCCAAAUCCGUUAUCACUACUAACAAUACUAGCACAAUCGUAACGAACACAAUGCAAUCAAAUUCUGUAAAUUCUAGUACAUUGCCUAUUAACUUAAGCGUAGAAUUGCGAAAAAUUCAACAAUCAGCGGGAUUAAUUACGUCUAGUAGUAAUAGUACGUUUAUAUCGAAGCACAUUUAUCACUCCACUGAUAAAAUGCAAAUGGGCAGUAGUUUAAUGGCUCGUAUACCAGCACCGAAUGUAACGGUUGUCGAUAAAAACGGUGAAAAUAUUCGUAUAUUGAAACGUGUACCCGAUUCAAAUUUUGGUGCACAUUCUUUUGAUAAUUCUGCCAUGAAAUCGUCCAGUUUGACACAAUCAUCGGCAUCAUUGUCGUCUUCAUCGUCGUCGUCGUCGUCUACGUCGUUGUCGUCAUCGUCAUCCAUAUCAUCAGUAUCAUCCCUAUCGUCUUCAACAACGGCGCGAUCAUCAACUUCGAUCAGUUUAAUUAGCACAAAUGCUGCUGGGGCUGCUGCCGCAGCAGCUUCAACAAAUUCUAUGUACGAUCAACACAUUCGUGUAUUGACACCAGUUGAGAUAAUGCGAACACUUCCAUCAUUACAUGAUCAUGAAAUGACAACGUCAAAUGAAUCAACGGCCACUGGACAUUUUUCAACCGCAUUAUGCAAAAGUAGACGUAAUACAAUCACUAGUUCACAUGAAAAUAGCAAGGAUACCGUUGAUAGCACGGCAAUUGAGUCGGUGAGCGGCAUCAGCAGUAAUAAUCAAUCGAAGAAAAUGCAUGAUACAAAUACCGGUAGCGGUGGCGAUGAGGAAAUGCCCGAAAAGCAAAUUAACAAUAUAAUUAUAAAUUCGAAAAUGGACGAAAUCGCAUCACCAAUUGUCAGUUCAACGCAAUUGAAAUCAACAAUAACAACAACGGUGGACCCAACACAAAAUCGCAACACAUUCGCUAAUUUAACACAAUCGUCUAGUCUAACCCAUUCGUCCAAUUGCUCUUCUCCAUCAUCCACGUCCAAUACCAAUGCCGCACUAACAAUGGAUCAAGAGAAACAUAGUAUGGAUAUUCAUCAGAAAAAUGUCCGCCAACAAGAAAAUGAACGACAAUGGAAACAAUUGCAAGCAAUGCGUGCACGUGAACAACAACUACAACAAAUGCAAACGAUGCCUGAAAAGAUGCAUGUGGAUCAAACGCCAAAUCAAAUGCAAGUCCCUGCUAAUCACAAUAAUACCAACGAUGCCAAUGGAACUAUUGCAAAUAGAUGCCCACCAAAUAUGGGCGGUCAAUUCCAAGUGGCACACCAAAAAACUCAUCGUAUGGUGGUUGGAAUGCCGCCGGGAGCCAAUCAACAGUUUCAAUUACCUCAGCAACGAACUGUUUCGGUUCAAAUACCACGACCAGGACAAAUUCAACAACGUAUCGUACAAAGUCCGUUCUCUCCACAAUCGCAAACACCUCAAUCGCCACAUAAUCAAUUCCCUUUGUCACCAGCAACUAGUACGCAUGAUCAAUUUUCACGUCCGUCAUCCGAAUGCUCACAAGAUCCAUACUUAAAUUCCCCUCAAACUCCACGUCCAUUUGAUCACCAAAGUCCAACAGCAAGUGCCGGACAAAGUCCAAGUAGUCAUAUGCAUAUGAGAACACCAAUGCAUAAGCCAAGCGAUAUUCAAGGUCAAAUUCAACCGAGAAACAGCCCAUCACCAUAUUCGUCGCCAGCGCAAUCACAAGAGAAUAAUCGACAAUUACGUGAUCUUUUACAACAACAACCGCAACAAAAUGCAGUCAAUACAUUCCGACAACCGUUACCACCUGGUAUGAUAGCGCGUCCAACGCGAUUCAUGGGUCCACAGCAGCAAUCUCAACCGCAACCACCACAGCAGCCACACCAACAACAACAUCAAACGGUUAAAUCAGUUAUUACUGUUCAAAAUACGCCAAUCGUUAGUUCAGCAGCCGAAAAUAUUGUAACAAAUGUGAAUCAACAGGUUGCAACUACUCAACCUAAUAUGAUCAAUACAAAUGCAAAUGAACAACAGCAACAGCAACAAUGUGCACCAAAUCAAACAUCUGCCGAACAACCACAAAUGAUUGAUAACUUUGGUAAUCAUGCCGAAUUGGAGAAACUCGAAGUUGGUGAUAUUCUUGGUGAUUUGGGCGAAGAUGAUGACGAUGAAUUAUUAAAAUCAUUCACCGCUGAUAUGGGUGUCGAUUUUAAUAUUUUGGAAUAUGCUGAUCCCGAAUUGGAUGCACUCGACGAAGCCGAUCAAUCCAAUUUGCUGGAUAGUUUUGAUUUCGAUGAAACGGAAGAAAAGGAAAAAGCCAAACGUGCCGCAUUGGAAAAAUUGAAUAAAGCCCAUGAAAACAAAGUAGCAAUGGGCCAAUUGAAAACAAAUCUCAAUCAAAAUGCCGAACAACAAACGAAUGCAACAAAUCCAAUCGUUUCAAAUGUACCACAAACAUCGCUAUCAAAUCAAAUUACACAAGCCAAUCGACCACAACAAACACAACAACAAAUUAUGAUGCAACAAAGGCAAAUGCAAGCCAAUAUGGGUGGCCAACAACGAGUGCAACUUCGUUCAAAUCCACCGCCAUAUCCAGUUCCGCCACCACCAUAUCCAGGUGCCAUUAACAAUGUAUCGGAACAGCCGCUGUUGCUGGAAGAAUUAUUGGAACAAGAGAAACGUGAAAAGCAAGAGCGUGAACGUCAAGCAUCGAUGAACAAUGAUAUGACAAAUUCGAAUAGUUCGAGCUUGUUGAGCGAUCAUGAUUUUGAGCGGUUACGUGCUGAUGUGCUUGGCACGCAGGGUAUACAAACACAAGGAAUGCCAACCCAAGGUAUUCCGGCCCAAGGUCUUUUGCCAAUCCAACAACAACAACCAAUUAUGCAAAAUCAACCACAACGACAAGCAUUUAUUGCACAAAACCAACAACCACGACCGCAAUUCAUUCAACGUGCGGUUACACAACAACAGCAACAGCAACAGCAACAGCAACAGCAACAACAGCCACAACAACAUCAACCACCACCGCCUCAACAGCAUAUGCAAAAUCAAGUGCAAAAUAUGAACACUGGCAUGGAACCAACGGUUAUUAAAACUGAAGGAUGUAGCAUACCAAUGUUUGUGGCCAAUUUACAAAAGGCACCAUCCAUUCCACCGGACACAAUUGUUACCGAACAAGAUCGUCAAAUUCAAAUCAACUACGAACAAUGGCUUGCCACGCAAGAAAAUAAAUUGGACCAUCAACGAAAAUACUAUGAAUCCGAAGUGCAAAAACUUCGAAAAUCACGUAAAGCAUUGAAUAGCAAACAACGUAUGCUGAAAAAAGGUGGAAAUGAUCUGUGCGAAACUGAUACAAUUGAAUUGAAUAAAAUCACCGCUGAUCAGACGUUCGUUCAAAAGCAAUUGGAAAAUGCACGUAAACAAGCACGACAGCACUCGAUUGUUGUUAAUGAUUACAAAAACAAACAACAAACGGCCAAUAUGAAAAACAAUCUGGCAAGACAACAAAUGAACGUUCAACAGCAACCGCAACAAAUAAUGUCGCCAAUCAAUCAACCGGGUGUUAUGUCGGCACAAUCGCCAUUGGGAAAUACGACACCACAGUCAAAUAUGAUGCAAAUGUCAGCUCAAUCACCGCUCGGCAAUCCCGGUCAACAAACGAACAUGAUGCAAAUGUCGGUACAAUCACCAAUGCAGGCACCAAGCCCAUUGAUGGCACAGAGUCCCAUUCCAAGUAAUGCAAUCAUGCAAAGUCCGGGCAAUCCAAAUAUGUCACCGUACAAUAGUCAACCGUCACCACUUCCUGGUACACCACGUAUUGGUACACCGCAUUCACAGCCGGAUGAUCAGCCACAAUCGAAUGCACCUCAAAUGAGCCCAUUUAGUCCAGGUGCUACAAUGAGUGCUUCACCAUCCCCAUCGUUACCGGGCCGAUUAACAUCGCCGGCGCCCAGAAUGACCUCACCUCAACAUCAUCGAAUCGGUGGACCACCAAUGCAAGGUCGAAUUUUGACAAGUCCAAGUCAUACAUAUGCACAACAAAAUAUUGUGCAAACACAAAUGAUUGUGAAUCAACAUCGUUUCGUUCGACCUCAACAACAACAGCAGCAAGUGCAACAACAACAAAUUGUGGUCAAUCGACAGGCAAUGUCGGGAUAUAUUUCACCAUUGGGUAGCCCACAACCGAUAAUGUCACCGAAUCCAACACCCAUGCAACAAAUGCAACCACAGCAACAACAACAGCAACAGUUGCAGCGGAGACAACAGAGUGUAAUGCAGAUGCAGAGACAACAACAAAUGAUGCAAAUGCAACAGAAUCAAUUACAACAGAAUCAAAUGCAACAGAACCAGAUGCAACAAAAUCAAAUGCAACAAAAUCAAAUGCAAAUGCAACAGGUUCAGUCGCAACAACAACAACAUUACAUUCAACAACAAGUUGUUAGUCCAAUGAUGAUAAGUUCACCGCAUAUGCAACGUCCGCCAAGUGGUGGACCAAUGAAUUCGCCACAAGUUCAGCAACAGCAACAACAGCCACAACAGCAGCCACCACCAGGCUAUGUGUAUCAAAAGCCUGGUUUGCGUGGUGGUGCCCCCAUUCAUGGAUUCAGUCGCGGUGCUAAGCGAUUGCCAACAGCAAGUACAUCAAGUGCCGGUCAAUCACAAACACCGCAAACAAGCAAUCCUGUUGUAAUUGUGAACAAUGUAACGAUUCUAAAGAAAAGGGGUGGCGGAACGAUGAAAGCGACCGGAACAUUGAAAGCGGCAACUGGUACACGAAUUAUACAUAGAGGCAAAGUGGCCAAUAUAAUGCAAGCCCAAGAUGAUUACGAUGAAACGUCAAAUGCAUCGACAAUGUCAACGCCAACCACAUUCACCAUUCAGCCGCAUACGAUCAAUCGAAAUUUAAAACGAACCGCAUCGGAUAGUUGUUAUACAACCACUAAAACCUUACGAUCACCGCUAACCGGUUCAACAUUGACAAUGGAAGAUGUGGUGGUGAUUGACAGUAGCCCAGAUGAAAAACAACGAAUCAUGGACUAUGACGAUGAUAAUGAUAAAUCGGUGAUUGGACCCGAGAUAUCACUUAGCUCUGUUGCACAGAAUGCAAUCGAUGGUGAUGAAGUUUCCGUUAUUUACGAUACAUCGGCCGGUAAUGAUUUUAACAUUGCUUCAAGCCCGCUCGAACCAGAAGAAAUAAGCGAAGAAUAUCCGCUAUUUCCAUGCGUGGCCGAUUAUGUUGAUGAUGGUGAACGGCACACGAUCGAAAGUCCAAACGAAGACGAUUCGAAAUCAUUAACGGUCGAAGAUAUGAGCGACGAAGAGGGAAAACAUGGUCAUUCCGAAUCGCCCGUUUAUUUAGAUGAAAUUGUCAAUUUGGACACAAAUUCCGAAGAACAUUUUGCAACGACCGAAGAAGAGAUCAUGUCAAUGAAUUCGGAAAUUAUCAUAAUGGAUUCAAGCAUUAAAACACCGGAAGAUCGAAUGCAUGGAUCGGCUGACGAUUAUGAAGCUAUGAUCGAUUCGGGUAAGAGUGAUUCAUCGAUUGAACUAAUGGAAGUCGAAUCCGAACAAGAACUGCCAUUGAUAAAAACCACAACAAAACCAACAGCCACAAUUGCAAAAGAAUCACACACUUUAAAUAAAGGUCGUGUAUUCACUGUUGUUAUGCCACAGUCAUCAUCGUCAUCGGCAAAACCUCAAAUUGUAUCGUAUGGACGCAAAGCGAUUACAGCCACUGCAAUUACAACAAAUAAAAAUGCCGUCUAUUCAAAUGUAUCGACAUCGGCAUCCACUCAUAAUUUAAUGAAAGAUGCAACACAAGCCAAAUAUUUGUUGGGCGAUCAAACGAUUUCGGUGCCAAUAUUAAAAAAUGCCAUUCCAUUGGCACGUGUUACGAGCGCCAAAGGCGGCGGUGAAACAACAAAUAAAAAAAUCAUUGGACAAUCGGCCAUUAUCAUUGGUAACGAUAAUAUUAUUGGUACAUCAUUGUCAAAUAUGACGUUGAAGAAAAUCAACACAUCAAAUUAUGUCACAAUAUCACCGUUAAACAUACAGCACUCGGGCGGUAGAAUUUUGUCGGCACAACUUGUGCGAGCACAACCAUCACAGCAAACCGUCACGACAAAUCAAGCGAGAAAAAUUACCUCGAUUGCUGGUACACAGAUAACAAAAAGUGUUACGCCAACAUUAACCUAUUCGAAAAUUGGUCCGACACUCGCAUCGUUAAAAGUAUCACAGGAUAUUUCGUUGCCUACAAAAUUAUUCGAAGACGAAUCCAUUUCGCCCGACAGUUCGAUCGAACAAGAUGAAAGCGAUUUAAUGUUGACCGAAGAAACAAUUUACACAACCGAAGACUCAAAUCCGAAUAAUCGUGAUGCAAAUGACAUUGGCGAGAAUUCGCAGAAAUCACUAUCGUCACCGAUGUCCAUAUCAAAUCAAGACCGUAUUAUCGAAGUUGAUGAAAUGCUAAACGAUGAUUGGAAACGUAAAUCAACAUCGUCAUCACCGGUUAUCAAGACGGACAGUCAAUCGAAUGCAUCGCUUAGUGGCAGCGGUAUUGUUUCAAAUGCUGAAAAUAAAUCACAACAAUCCGAUCAAAUUGAAAAACAACAAACGCUGACCCAACAAAAGCAAACCGCUCAAAUUCCAGUACAUGUUAUCAUUAAAUCUGAAUCGCCAACCGCAAGUCUUCAGCCAGCUACUGCCGCACGUUUGACAUCAAAUUUGCCACAAUUAUCACCGCUAUCGCAACCAAACGAGAUAAAUUCCAAUGUGGCAAAUGCAUCGCAACAAUUGCGUUCAAUUAUGUCAUCAAUUAAUCAGCAAACAACAACAAAUAGCACAACUGGCGUUACAUCGAAUCAAAUAAAACCGGUCACAACGACCGUUGAAAUUAAAUCAAUCGAAGCACAAGUAUCAGUUGCAAAUACAAUGUUGGUAGCAGCUGCAGCUGCAUCGAAUACAUCAACAACCACCAAAAUGGAAACAAAUAUCGUAAAAACGGUGGUGCCCACAAGUUUCGAAAAUGUUUUGGCCGUCAAUCGACAAAACAAUGAAUUGAAUGCCAAAACCGAAACGCCCGGUCCAAAGAUUAUUGUCACCGACACAAUUCCGACAACAAUAACAACAACCGGCAAAAUUUUAACAUCUCAAGCAUUCAAUCAAAAUAACAUUGGAUCGAUAACAACAACAUCGGCGGGUAGUAUACUAUUUGUGAAACAAUUUCGAAAUGUGUCGCCAAUGGCAAGCCGAAGUCGAUCACCAGUUACGGUCAAUUCAUCGGGCGCAAAAACGCAAACAUUUUCGCUGGUCAAAUCAACCAUGGGCGGUACACCGAUCAUUAUUUCUGGUCAAGCAUCUCAGCAAGGUAAUUCGGUUAUUCUGAAUAAAAUACCAACGAUACUCACCAAAGUCUCCACCACCAAUGCUAUUGUAACGGCCGGCAAUACAAUUGCCGUUUCUUCAACGUCAUCAAAUCAAAUAACAACCGUCACCGGUACAAAGAAUGCAACACAAACAAUGAGCAUAUUGGGCAGUACAUUAUCACAACCACAACAAUCUCGCAUUGUUCCAUAUGCCGAAGGUCAACACAUUACCAUUUCAAAGAAACCAAUUAAAUUGCCGAUUUUGACGGAAAUCAAAGGUGCAACGGUUGUUUCAAAUGCAUCAGUCACCGGCCAAUCAUCGGCCAGUUCAACGGCAGCUAUUCAAAAUAUUUUACAAUCAAGUUUGUACAGUCAUCCAACGAGCGGUAGUAUUUUAAGUGCAACACUCAGUCAACCAGCCCAGAAACCAAAUACAAAAUUAUUACAAUCACAAUUGACGAAUAAUCCAUUCCGUCGAUCGAAAUCGACCGAUGAAGUGCCCGGUUUUCUUAAAGAAACACCAGCGCAAAUUAUUGGUAAACGACAUAGCAGCAUGGAAGCAUCAAACACAAUUAAAGAUGAAAGAGAUGAAGCGAUUACACCAACUACAGCUUCAGUUGCUCAAACCAAAACCACCGAAAGUUUAACGGAAAACUGUAAAUUUACCACCGUCACCAUGGUUCAUAAAUCGGACGAAUCACAAAAUGUAUUGCUGAAACAAUUAUUGCAACAAGCAAGCAAUACCACGCCGACACCGUCAUCAUUGCCAACCAUUGUAUCGCGAUCGGGGACAACAUUAAGAGCACCAAGUUUGGGUGUUGUUAGCUCACUUGAAGCACAGCUGGCACGACCAGUUAUUCUACCCGUUCCAGCCACACCAAAUGCAAUCCAAUCAAAACCGAAUACACUAGCUACAUCCACAACAACCACAUCGCAAGCAUUCAGUUCGCAAAUGAAUAGUACGAAUAAAUCGUCUAGUGGAACGGUUGCUGUUAGCACCACUUUAGUUGAUUCGUCCAAAAAUUCAGUACGAACGCAUCAAAUUCUAUCGCGAGAAACUUCUUUCAUAUCGAAGCCAGUUACUACUGAAGAUAAGGAUGAACCGGUCAUUCCUUCGCCGAUUGUGUCAGCAAGCCAAGCUACGCCGGCACCACAAAUCACAGUUCCAAUAAUUACAACAACGGGCACACCUCCGUCUACCGUUACAAUUACAACAAAAACAACAAGUCAAUUGGAGUCGGUACCAGCACCAACGACAAUGCCAGAGGUGGUGUCGACAGUGGCUGAAGUAACAACUACCACCGUUACCACAACAAAUUCACAGCCGCCGAAUACAGCAAUCAUAGCGCAAAAGAAUUGUGUUGCAUUGCAACAGCAGACAUCGGUUGAAAAUUCAGCAGAACCACUUCCAGUAGUAACAAUACCACCGACUGAUGUGAUCAAAACAGAGCCAAUGGCUCAAAAAGAUCCACCACAAAAUGCAGCUCAAUUUAUGCGAACGACUGUUGAGCUUACAAAUGCUACAGCGAUUGUAAUAAAACGUGAAGAUUCCAUUCCGUCCCAACCGAGUCCCACGCCAACAUCACGACCGCCGUCAAUCCUAUCAAAUUCGGAUGUAAAACGUGAAUUGCUCGAUGACAAUUCACAAAUGAGUGCUGCUUCAGAUCAUAGCAGCAUAAAACAAGAUUCAAUCAAAGAGGAGACAACGGACACGAUUACCGAUCCCGAAAUGGCAGCAAGAAUCGCUCAAGAAACUGCACUUGAAAUAAAACGUAGAAAACGUCGGGAAUACCAAAAGAAUCGUCGUGAAUAUCAGAAGAACCAGAGCAAAGAGAAUGUCAACAAUGCGACCAGUAGUGGUCCGGUGAAGAAGAAACCUCGCAAAAUGAGUUCAACCACUAAAAUCGAUGAAGAUUACGAUACGUUCAUUGAUAAUUUGAUGGUUCAAUUGAAAUGUAUGCAACCGAUGCAAAUACUCGAACCAACAUUAAAUCGUGACUAUUCAAUUAGUGCGGCAUUUGGUGCGGGUGAUUUGAAUAAAUUCGGUUCGGAUCGUGAAUACAAUGUCAUUUCCGGUGAUUUGAUCAAUAAAUACGGUGUCGCUGAAUUGGAGAAUAUCGCUGAUCAUUACAAUACAAAACCAUUCGGUUGUAAAUCACCGAUGUCCGAACACCAUAAUCCAUCCACACAUUAUGGUUUUUAUGAUCAAGAAUUUUCACCAAUUAAAUUCUCAAGCGAUGACGAAAAUCGUAGUAAAUACGAUUUCCUAAAGGAACGUGACAUUGAAACACCCGACACGAUUAUUAGUUCAUCAAGUCCAGAGUGCGUGAUUCAAGAUUCACCAUCACAUUUUCCUGGUUUGCGUUUGAUUCAAGAAGACGAUGAAGACGCUGCGAUCGAAUCUCAAAUCAAUAAACGUAUGUCACCACAAAUUCCAAUCAUAACACCGAUACCGAUUCGUUUGAAGAAAGGAAUGUCAUUGUCACCCGACAAAAAUAGCAAUACGCUAAUUGAUAAGAACAGUGUUAAAGAUAUAUUUGGAAAUAAAUCGAAAUUUGGACCACCGAUACCGGCACUGAAAGAUAAAAAUAACGUAACAAUCACGUUAACACUAACAUCAUCGGCGGCCGAUGACAUUUUAACGGUGCUACAAGAUUUGGCAAAUAUCCUGCACAUUCAUCCACCGACUUCAUAUGAAAUUGUUGAACGAACAACAACGCCGCCAAGCCAAAAACUUGGUUUGUAUCGAACACGCGGCAAAGAUGGCAAAGAAGGUGCACCAAUUGAUAUUCAAACGAUUUUAAAUGGAAAUGCCAAGUUUUGUCGUCACUGUGAUGUGGUCAUUUUGAAUACGGUUAUCCGAGCCAAAGCCUAUGAAUUUCCAUUGCUUGCACAAAAUAAAAAUGAAUUUAUGAACGAAAGUGACGAUUUAUACUUUUGCAGUAAAUCAUGCUAUCGACAAUUCAAAUGUGUACCCACCAAUAUUUUGGAUGAUAAAUUACCAGAACCAUCGAACGCUGAACAAAGUACAUACGAUGAUACGGUCAAAUACAGUAAAUGUCCCAACAUUUUGCUGACUUCAUCGAUCACCGAACAGAAUGAUGUGAAUGCCGAUGAUGAAAAUAGCAAAGAUACUUCGAGCAUCAGUGCGAUUGACACCAAAGAUGAUAAUACAAAGGAUAGCAUUAGUUCUGCCACCGAUUCAGAUGUGAAAAAUGAUUUGAAAUUGGAUAUAGUGAAAGCGAAUGCACGAAAAUUAACGCCCGACGACGAAGAAAAAGGACCGUCCGCUAAGAAACAAAAAGGAAUGCAAUACUUGAAAUAUUCACCGGGAUGCUUUAAACCAAACACCAAAUACAAGAAAAUGACGGAAAAAGAAACCACCGAAAUGCUAUUCCGAAUGAAUAUUACGGUAACACCAUCGUCCGAUAAAUUGCCCGAAGAUACGCGCAAAUGUAUAUUUUGCCAUCAAAUUGGUGACGGUGUGGCCGAUGGUCCAUCACGUCUAUUGAACUUUGACGUUGACAAAUGGGUGCAUUUAAAUUGUGCUCUAUGGUCGGACGGUGUUUAUGAAACGGUCAACGGUGCAUUAAUGAAUUUAGAAAAUGCAUUGCAACAGAGUUUUACACAAUUGUGUGCACUCUGUAAUCAAUAUGGGGCAACAAUAAAAUGCUUCAAAAAUCGCUGUACAAAUAUCUAUCAUUUGAGUUGUGCAAUUAAAGACAAAUGUGUAUUCUAUAAAAGUAAAACAACGCACUGUGUUAGCCACGCACCGAAAACGGAGAAAGACAAUGAGUUGACGACAUUGAGUGUGCAGCGUCGUGUUUAUGUGGAACGUGAUGAACCACGGCAGGUGGCUUCAGUGAUGCAUCACUCGGAAUUGAGUAAUUUAUUGCGUGUUGGUAGUUUGAUAUUCUUGAAUGUUGGCCAAUUAUUGCCGCAUCAAUUGAUCAAUUUCCAUACGCCAAAUUUUAUUUAUCCAAUUGGUUAUAAAAUUCUACGAUUCUAUUGGUCAUUCCGACGACCAAACAAACGAUGCCGUUACAUUUGUUCGAUUGCCGAUGUUUCGGGUCGUCCCGAAUUUCGUGUACUUAUCCAAGAACCAAACGAAGAAGAUGUUGAGUAUCGUGAUUCAACACCAAAAGCCAUUUGGCAACGUAUUCUUGAGCAAUUGGCAAAACUACGAAAAGAACAUAAUUUAGUGGAAAUCUUUCCCAAAUACAUCAUCGGUGAAGAUUUAUUCGGUUUAACUGAACCGGCCGUUGUUCGCAUUUUGGAAAGUUUACCAGGAAUUGAAACGCUCACCGAUUAUCGAUUCAAAUACGGACGAAAUCCAUUGCUUGAAUUACCAUUGGCCAUCAAUCCAUCGGGAGCCGCACGUACUGAACCGAAACCACAACAAAAUCUCAGUUGGAAAAAACCACACACACAACGAUCGGGCAGCGCAAGCCAACGGCCAACAUUUGUUGCAUCAACAUCGGUUGUUGGUGAGGUGGCAUGCCCAUACAGCAAACAAUUCGUUCAUUCGAAGAGCUCACAAUACAAAAAAAUGAAACAAGAAUGGCGAAAUAAUGUAUUCUUGGCUCGAUCGAAAAUUCAAGGACUUGGUUUGUAUGCAGCUCGUGACUUGGAAAAACACACGAUGGUCAUUGAAUAUAUUGGUGAAGUGAUUCGAUCAGAACUAUCCGAAUUACGUGAGAAACAGUACGAGGCAAAGAAUCGUGGAAUUUACAUGUUCCGUUUGGAUGAAGAUCGUGUCGUUGAUGCAACGUUAUCAGGUGGUUUGGCGCGUUACAUUAAUCACUCGUGUAAUCCGAAUUGUGUCACAGAAAUUGUUGAAGUCGAUAGAGAAUUCCGCAUCAUCAUAUUUGCAAAGCGUCGCAUCAAUCGUGGCGAAGAGUUAUCGUAUGAUUAUAAAUUUGACAUCGAAGAUGAUUCACACAAGAUUUCUUGUAUGUGCGGUGCACCAAAUUGCCGUAAAUGGAUGAACUAAAAAAACCGAUAACGAUAACCAAUUGUGGCAUGCAUAAUAAAAAAUGGUUUGAAUAAUCGAUGUAGACAACAAUUGAUGGAACCCAUUUCAACAUUUUGUGAUAAUAAAUUAAAAUUAUAAAUUUAAACGAAUGAAUCGGGGUCUGUAUGCAUAUAUACAUAUAUAGUUCAGACGAAGCGUUAAGCGAAACUACGGAGACAGACAUAGAGAGAAAGCAUGCACAUCAUCCACAUGCAUAUGACACCAUACCGUAAUCGCAUUGAAUUGAUUUCUCUCAUCUCAGCAAGUAAACCUGUUGAACAACCAGCAAUAAUUCUACAGUCAUUCAACAACAUUUAUAGAUUUUUAUCUUCAUUAUCUUAUUUAAACUCACACCAACUUCUCACGUAUAAUAAAUAUAUAUAUUUUCCGUGCAUCCAUUUAACACACACAUAUAUACAUAUUAAAAAUUUCAAAUCGUUUUAAUUUCGUAUACUACCGAUAUGGAUAAAAUGUGUGUUGAGAUUUGAAAAAGACGAAGUUGAUUAAAAACCAAAAUCCAAAUUCUCUAAAUAUAAAUGCUAUAUAUUUUUCUUUCUCGUACACCGAAGAAAAAAAAAGUUAAAAAACAAAAACAAAAAUAUUAACAACAAAAGAUAUAAAGAACGCUUUGAUCCAUUGUUAAAUUUACGAUUUACACAAAACCCAACAAAUGAACAUACAAACAAACAAAUUAAAAAGAAAUAUAUUAUAUGGUUUUUCUAAUGAGUACCAACAUAAAAAAACACUAGAUUGUAGACAUGUAAAUAUGUUAUUUACUUUAAUUCAAUUUGAUAUUGACAAAGAGAAUGAGAGCAAGAAUGAAUAAACAAAACGAAACAAAAACUUACAGAAAAUUACGAGAAAGAAUGAGAACAUUAAAAUGCAAUUCUAUAUUUUUGAUAAAAAAAAACAUCAAACGCAUCGCAAAGCGAACAAAGGGAGACAGACAUACACAAACAAAUGAGAGAAAAAUUUAUGUUAGCGCUAUUGCACUUGAGAAUCGAUUACACGCUUGAUUUGAAGGCACGAGUGAAUAUUGAGAAAAAAAUCACAAAAUUGCGUUAAAUUUUCCCAUGCUUCUUCACCAAUCACAGUUUAAGUAUUUAAAAUAAACACAUUUUCAAAACAUCCUCCUCUCCUCCCUUGAAUCGAAAAAAAAAAACAAAACCAAUCAAAAAUGAGAAAAACAUGUUGCGUGAAUAUUUUUAUUAUAAUUUUUUUUUUUGACUAUUAAUGAUUUCUGAGAUCUCUUGACGAUGAUACACAGAACAAACUAUAUCGGCCAUUUCACUUUAUUUUCAUAUUUUUUUUCGCAUUGCAUGACCCAUUUAUUUCA